AUGGCGAGGGACAAUGCGGCAGAGUCGGCUCAGCGCGCUCGCAUCGUCGGCGUCGCGCGGCGCAGAGGGAGAGCCGACGGGGAUUUGAUCACCUUUGGUGGGCCGUCGAACCGUCGUCCUCGACUGGCGAGAAGAGGGUCGACCGCUGGUGGUUUGCCCGGCGCCGACAGUGGUUUUGAUUAUUUUCUUUUCCCUUUUCCUACGUCUAUAUCGUCCAACACAACUCCCAUGCGGAAGACCACGAGUCUCUGCUUCACCCAAUCGCGGCCAUGGCUCAGCCAACUCUAUAAGACCACCCGUCGCCAACUCACCACCCAGCCCAUUCCCCUAACACCAUCCCCUCCCGAACUCUCCAAUAUCCAGAACUUCCGGGACCAGGCUCUAGGCCCUCAGAAACCCUUCCUCUUCGCACGGGAUACCGGCUCUUCAACAAACCUCCUACCCGCCGCGAGCAAGUGGUUCCACCAGGAUGGCAUCAACGACUCAGCCAAAGUUACACCUCCAUGGACUCUGACACCGUACAUGAUUCAGUUCCAGGAAUGGCCUUUCCCCUACGAACUUGUCGCACCGUUGCCUAAGAAUCAGGAGGCCCUAAUUGCCUUUCGUAACUGGCUCCUCUCCAGCAAGGAACCUGUAGACCAUAUCCUCACCAGCAUCCUCGAGCCGUCUAUAGCGGAUUUGGGCAGGCAAACAUUCUUCCAGCUCUUUGCGCCGCUCCGUCUUCUCAUCAAGGCCCUCGAGUUCAACCACCUGCAAAACCACGAGCACUCUGAACCCGUGGAACUCUACAUCGCACAAUCAUCCCUCACGGAGCUCCCCACCGCGCUACAAGAUGACCUUCCCACUCCGGAACUCGUCCGGAGUGCUGGCAAGGGCGACGUCUAUAGCUCCAGUAUCUGGCUCGGCACGGAACCGACGUACACGCCGUUACACCGGGACCCAAACCCCAACUUGUUCUGCCAACUCUGCAACACAAAGCUCAUCCGGCUUAUGCCCCCAGCCCCUGGUGAUCGGCUGUUCUUUGAGGUGCAGAGGCGCAUCCACCAGCAAGGCAACAGUCGCAUCAGGACAGUGGAGAUGAUGGAGGGCAAGGAGCGCGAGGCUCUUCAUGAGGUCAUAUGGCAACCGGAUACCCUUCCAGACCAAUUGUACGAGGCCCAGUUGGGACCCGGAGAUUCUUUAUUUAUCCCCAACGGGUGGUGGCAUUCUGUCAAGAGUAAGGGUUCUCAAGGACACCUCAAUGGAUCCGUCAAUUGGUGGUUCCGAUGA